AUGGCCAAAACGACAGCCAAAUUGAAAAAGACAUUUCAAACCUUGGAAGCUCUGGAUAGAAUCUCGGAAGACAUCCACAAAAAGAUACUUCUCCAAGAAGAUAAUUUUUCGAUAUAUGAAAUAGCGUUCACGGAUAAUAUUGUCAAAGAGUUGAAGGAGAGGAAAAUUUCAAAGAUUGACCUCAAUUCUUGGAAAUCUAUUGCAAAAGAAAAAACUGGCCGUAUUCGUUCGGGGAUCUUGAAAAGCUUGACAUCAGCGGAAAGGCAAUCAAAACAAGAGACUUGGUGGUCUCGGUUGGUUGAUUUUUUCAAAUAUAUAUUUAGAAAAUCGAAAUGGAAAAAAGAACAGCUUUCCCUCAAGCUGAGAAAAUUGAGGAGCAAUUCCAUGGCAAGCCACAAUGAAUCUUCAGACGAGGAGCGUACCGCGAUAUACAGAUUAUCAAUCAAGGAUUAUAAUGGAUUCACUUUUACAAAUCGAGAGGUUCAGUUGAUUGAAAGGAUGGCAGGUGGUAGAUCCCAUCUCACUUCGACCGAUCACGAUUUGAUAACGGAGAUAUCCCGAUGCUCAAUGACGGGGACUCAGAGGAAACUUCUGGAGCUGAAAGUCUACUUCUCACAAAUCGCGAGAGAAUAUCCCAAUACCAUAAAUUCUGACAUUGUGAAAGCAUUGCAAGAGCUCGAGGAGAAAAUGAAAAGAUUAAAGAAAUGGUCCAGCGGUGAAGUAAAACUCUACAAUAGGCUGGGAACCAUGAAAGAUAUCAAAGCCAUCCGCCCACAUCUGGGUAACAGAAAGAGAUGGAUACUUCAGCGUGUGAUUAUCCAAUGGAAGCGAUCAGAGAGAAUGAGAUUUUACAUGAAGGCCUUUGUGAUCUUAGGGAUAAAGCCUGAGGAGCUAUUUUCCAAGGCGGAAGAAGCAGUCGCAACAAAGUUAAGAAGGUGGUAUGAAUUGUAUAGUGAAGAUUUCUAUUCUGGCUCAAUAGGUUGCCCUUUCGACUUUUCGGAGGAACAAUGGGAUAUAGUCAGGAGAUAUGUGGAGGAAUACGAUAGCAUGCUUGAUAGUGGUCGGCAACUUUUCAAGAAUGCCCAGCUGAUCGAUACGGCCAAGAGUCAUGUCCAAGGCUACCAGGACUCCACAGUAGAAAAAACUCCACUUCAUCCAAUAUUCAGGUAUUCCAUCAACGGGUUGAAGAAAUUAGAAGAGUUGGGUGCUCAACUCUCAGUAGAAGAAAACUUGUUACUGAAAGGCCUCAAGUCAAAAAGAAACCCAUCCCUUUCUCAAAAGGAACUCGAAAAAUUAGCCGUUGAAGGCAUCAUACUCGAAACAGGGGGGGUUCCAACCUAUCUUCAAGAAUCGGUGAUUGUACUAGAUUCUACAAACACAAAGCACCUAUCGCCUCUAACAACUACAGACCAGAAAAUUAUUGGUAUAUUAAAAGGCUUAGGCGAAGAUGAAUUGGAAGAACUCAAGAGACUGGGAUCACUGUCUAGAAAUGAUCCAGAAUUCAAAUCCGAGACCAAGUUUAUCAGAAUGUUACGAAUCUUGAUCGAAGUGGAUAUUAGAUCCAACUUCAAUGUUGACAAAACUAGGAAACUGUUGCAGAGAUUAAUCCAGCUCAAGAAGAACGAAAUUCAGCGCGCAAGAUCCCAGUUUGAGAAGCGGGAGCAGGACAUGAACGAUUUUCAGUCGAUUGAGGCUCUUCCCGGAUUGGAAAAGGUGCUUUACAAGUUCGAAGAUGUAUCUCGCGAAUGA